CGAGUGGCCACGAGUCGACUUCUUAUAUUCUUUACUACGAGCACAAUCUGUUAUCUUUCAUGUAUGUAUUUGAUAAACAACUGGAUCUACUAUAUUUUCGCAUAGAAAAGUUUUAGUACUCGUUGUCUCUGUACCAAGCAGUGCUCUGUGUUAGACUCACGUGUUGGGGGGUGGUACUUGGGUCCAUAAUAUUAAUAAUGGAGUUAAAUUUAUACUAUUUCAUUGUUUUUCAAUUUCCUCUUCUGAGUUUAACAAACGAUCUUUAUAAUGACAACGUUUUGAAAUAUGAUGCGAAUAUGUUUCUAGUUCAAAUUGGAACAAAACCUCAUUUUGUUCAAUUUUUCGCUCCAUGGUGUGGUCAUUGCAAACGAUUAGCACCAAUUUGGGAUGAGUUAGCAGAGAAAUACAAUAUUGACAGUGAUAAACAAGAAGUUGUGAUUGCCAAGGUAGAUUGUACAGAAGAAACAGCUCUAUGUGCAGAUCAAGGGGUUACUGGUUAUCCUACGUAUGUACAGACUAGUAUCUUGUUUUUCAUUAUCAGUAUUUGGUACAGUUAUUAUCCUACUUUUUUUUUAUACAUCUGA